AUGCCCGAAGACUGGCGCACUAUCGCUGCGCAUCGUAGAAAAGAGAUCUAUGACAGAAUCCCUGCAGAAUACCUAGUGGACACGACCCUCCUGGCACAACAGAAACUGAUCGACCUGCCUUACCGAUGUGGUCUUCUCACUCCUCAAGAGCUUCGUAUCACCGAACACACGGCAGUUGAACUCCUGCGACGGAUCCACGAUGGAACAUAUUCAGCCGUGGAGGUCACAAAGGCCUUUUGCAAGAGAGCGGCAAUCGCGCACCAAGCGGGAUGUACCAAUUGUCUCGCAUAUGUGAUGUUUAAAGAAGCGCUAGAUGCUGCAGCUGCUCUGGACGAGUAUAUGCGUGUUGAAGGAAAGCCCAAGGGCCCGCUACAUGGUCUUCCUAUUUCUGUCAAGGAGCAUGUCUAUCUUGUUGGUACUCCAGCGACGUCGGGAUUGAUGGCGUGGGCAGACCAAAUGAGCCCGGAGGAUGCCCUCUUAGUGAGAGUCCUGCGAGAGGCAGGGGCGGUGUUUCAUGUCAAGACGACGAAUCCGCAGACUCUCAUGGCAAUUGAGACCGACAGCAAUCUCUUCGGUCGAACAGUGAACCCGCAUAACACGGCUUUGACGCCAGGCGGAAGUAGUGGUGGAGAAGGAGCAUUGAUUGCAAUGCGUGGGAGUCUUCUGGGGAUUGGAACCGAUAUUGGAGGAUCGAUCCGAGUGCCGUCUGGCUUUUGUGGAAUCUACGGCAUCAAGCCUAGCGUAGCUAGAAUCCCGCACGGUGGGCUCACUGGUCUUCAUGAUGGAAUGGAGAAUAUCGUCGGUGUCUGCGGCCCAAUGGCAACAUGCAUCGAUGAUUUAAACCUGUUCUGUCAGGUCGUGCUAGACAGUGAGCCCUGGCACCACGAGCCUUCUCUUGUUGAGAUACCAUGGAAAGCAAAUCUUGAGCCUCCGAAGAAGAUGAUUAUUGGAGUACUGUGGAAUGAUGGAAUUGUCCAGCCACAUCCCCCUGUCUCCCGGGCACUACAGGAAGCGGUCGUUGCGUUACGACAAGCCGGUCACACGAUAAUCGAAUGGAAACCUUAUUAUCAUGCAGAACUCAUCGACUGCAUCAACAAGGCUUACUUCCUUGAUGGUGGAAGGGAGUACCGUGAGAUGAUGAAAGAAGCUGGAGAGCCUGCUGUUCCUAUAAUAGAAUGGAUUCUAAACACCGUGGCCAAGAAGGAGUACACUCUUCAAGAGUCGUGGCUGAUAAAUGCUGAACGUAAUCGCCUCCGAACUCUCUAUUCUGAGCAGCUCCGUCAGACUCAGGUCGAUGCGAUCCUCUGCCCCGUCGGGCCAUCCGUCGCAUCCGCACAUGAUGAGAGUCGGUACUGGGGUUAUUGCUCUGUUUUUAACGCCUUGGACUUCAGUGCCGCAGUGCUACCUGUUAGUACUGUCAAGGAAACAGACACGUGGGAAAGAUACCCCCGUGUCAGCGAAAAGCCCCUAAGCGAUAUAGAUGCUUGGUAUGAGAGUCUGUAUGGCAAGGGAACAGAUGGACCGCGAAAGUACUGUGACGCUCCAGUAUCAUUGCAGCUUGUGAGCAGGCGGUUUCAAGAGGAGAAGUUGCUCGCAGUCAUGGCCAGUGUGGACGGGGUCCUGCAAGAUAGGUCGAAGCUGCCGGCUAAUGGCUAUUAG